AUGACUACUCUGAAGACCAUUUUGGGCGGCCCUCUGGCUCCCGACCAUGUUUCUGACCUCUCCAACAACCUCGUGGUUGUUCUUCACCAAAUUUACAACGCCAACGCUCUGACUACAGCUGAUGAGAACACCCUACACAAGUUUAGGGUGCGAGUGUCUGCCUUCCUUAAGUCCAACGACUCCCGACAGCGGUGGUGUGGUGCCUUCCUGGCUCUGGCUGCCGUCCAGAACUCCUGGGAGUGUCUCAAAAACCACGGAGCCACCUGGUUGGGCAUGUUGAUUCACAUUCUUGAGCUGCCUGAGGCCCCUGCUACCUGGGAGAUGGCGCUCCGAGCUAGUGCUGAGAUGCUUGCCCUGGUGUCUCAGAAGACCGAGCUGACCCGUGAGAUUGCUACUUCUCGAAUUGCUCCCCUUUCCAAGGCUGCUCUGGCUAUUUUGGAGUCUCCUGAGAACUGUAGCCCUUCUACUGCCGCAGUUUUCGUCUCUGAGCUGCAGCGAGUCAACGUGGCCCACCCCGUGGGUUUCAGACCCCAUUCCAAACGGUUCCAGUCUGCUCUUAUCAGGCUCAUUGCAACCUCCCCCGACUCUAAACUCGUCCAGAAGGCCUGUGACGCUCUCACCGUGGCCCACUACUCGGCCUCCAACUUUGGAGAAGCCGCCGAAUGGAGAGAAGGAUGCCUGUCUACCAUCUCUGACAUUCACAUCGCCGUCAAUGCUCUCCUGGAGGGUCGAACUGAUGACGCUCUUGCUUCCGUGGAGCAGACAAAGUCGUGGGGAUUCGAUACCAAGUCCGGUUCCUCUCCCGCCGACAUUUAUGCCAGUGCUAAGGCAAUUGAAAACCUGUAUACUCUUCUGACUGCAUUUUUGAGCCAGCCCACUGCUGUGCCCGUCAAGAUUCCUGUUGGUCGUAUCAUUCCUCUAUUCAACAGAGUCACCUCUCUGGCCCAGGUCCACUUCAAGGCCCAUGUUCCUCUGGUUGAGCAGAACCUGGUGCGAUCCACAUUCGAACGAAUCAACAUUGCCGCCAUGCAGUCGCUUUCGGCUCUCAUUAACACUGUUGGCGCUAACAUUUCUGCCUACGUCGAGGACCUGCUUGAGACUGUCGACAUGAUCUCUGCUGACAACUCUGCGGUGACCUUGGCUGCCCUGGAUCUGCUCACAACCAUCUUCAAUAACGUCGGAUACAUUUCUGCUGGCUCUUCUGUUCAAGAGUACGUUGAGAAGGCCGUUUCCCAGGCUCUGGUUCUCAUCACUCCCGGCACCAAUGUGUCUCAGGCCGGCCAGACUGAGAUCCCCGAUUACAUCUCCAAGUCUCAUCUGUUUGAGUCUCCCAUCUCCCAUAUCACCCAACAGACUGUCUACACAUUUCUUGAGGCCACCAUGCUGGUAUGUGACCUAUCUGGACGAUGUCGAGGACUCAUUGACCGAACUCUCCUGCUUUCGAAGCAUGCUGCUCGACGGUCUGCUGCCGUCACUUCAGCGCUCAAUCCCUCUAUGGCUUCCAAGCACAGUAUUCUAGCCAUGGUUCAGCAGCAGUACCCCCGAGAUACUUCCAUUUCCCGAUUUGUGCAUCCUAGACUUCCUCCUCUGACUACCGAACGACGAUACUUGCCUGUUUCCUCGUCUCUUGGAGAGGAAGAGGAGCUUGACGAAGAAAUGGAGAUUGAGGAAGAGGAGGAAACCAGCGGAAUUGAGCCUGUUUCUGCGUCUUCUGCGCCAGUCACUACCAACACAUUUGCUUCUACUGCUUUCAGAGAACCUGAGAACCCUGUAGUUGUGGAUGCUCCAUUUGAGCCCCUGCCUGAGACGAUGGCAGAACCUGUUCAGGCUAUUGAGAGACCCUCUAAUAUCGAACCCACCACCGAAUUUGAGGAAAUUGAAGAGGAGGAAGUUGCUGAGAACCAGGUCGACGAUUCUGACGAGGAGAUGGGCUCGGACUUUGAGAUGCCCGCUUUGGACGUCGGAGACAGUGAUGAUGACGAGUAG